UUUAAAUUUAAAUUUAAGGAAGCUAUAGCAAUAGUGAUGGACAUUGGGCCAACAAUGAAUACACGCUUAAAGAGUGAAGACAUAUUUCUACAGAUCUCAAAAGACAUUGUUUCAAAAUUUCUUCAACAAAAGAGAAUAUCCAGCUGCAAUGAUGAAAUAAGUCUGAUAUUAUUCGGUACCCCUGCAACUGUCCAUCCAUAUGCAGAUGAUAUUCAUUACCAGAACAUCACAAUUAUUAACCGUUUGGGUGCAGUGAACCUUGAACUUUUGGAUUUAGUGCAGAACUCUAUAGAGCCUACAUCCAUUUCUGCUGACUUUUUAGAUGCUUUAAUAGUGGCAUUGAACCAUCUAAAAGAUGCAACAAAAAGCAGGUCUGAGAUUUUAAAAAGAAGAAUUAUUUUACUAUCUGACCUUGGCGGCCAUUGCAAGGAAGAACAAUCUUAUGCUGUGAUUAUGAAAGUAAAGGAUUUGUGUGCUGAGUUAAAUUUUAUAGGACCAUUUGACACAGAAAAACAUGGAAAAUCAACAGUGUUUGGUGAAGAAUAUACAUUAUUACCAAGGCAACAAACAGGAGGAUAUAUCAUAAGUAAUAUACUCCUAAAUGUGGGAGGGACAUAUCUUAGCUUCAAAGAAGCAUUAUCAAAAGAGGGUACAUUCCAAACCAUUGAUGCUGACAAAACUCUUGUUGCUGACAAAACCAUUGAUGAUGACAAAACCAUUGUUGCUGACAAAACCAUUGUUGCUGACAAAACCAUUGUUGCUGACAAAACCAUUGUUGCUGACAAAACCAUUGAUGCUGACAAAACUCUUGUUGCUGACAAAACCAUUGAUGAUGACAAAACCAUUGUUGCUGACAAAACCAUUGAUGAUGACAAAACCAUUGUUGCUGACAAAACCAUUGAUGAUGACAAAACCGUUGUUGCUGACAAAAGACUUGUUGCUGCUGACUGUACAAAGACAUGCAAGCAGGAGAAAACAUCCAACAUCAAAAUGUCAUUGCGCACAAAAAAGGGAGAGACAGAAGUAAUGGCACGAACAAAAACAUCAGUUAUCAACAAAGAUGAUGACAAAAAGAAAAAGGAAAUAAAGAAAACAGAUGAAGCAAAGAAAACACAGGUAAAAACUACCAACAGCAGUGAUGGAAGCAAGCAAGACUCAUCAGAAUCAGAAGAUGAGAUGUUUUCAAAAAAGGAUAAAAGGGACUCUGGGAUACCAAAAUUUAUUAAAGGAACAACAUGGCCACUAGAUACUACUGUAGAGGUUACAGUAAAUUAUGAUGCAGCAAAAGAGUUACGAUCGGUGAAGAAGGAAUUUUAUCCACUUCUGUAUCACAUGACUCGAGCAGACCCUCGUCAGAUGUCCAACUGUAUAUGUAGAUCUAAAGUACUCCUAUCUUAUGUUAAAGCAAGAGUUGAACAAGACGAAAGGAGCAAGGACAGGAACAGAACAAGGCAUCUUAUAUCUCAGAAGGAAAUCAGUGAUUCUAAGAAGGGGUCGUUGGGUGUAGAGGAUAGACCAGAUUCACCUAUGAAACUACGCAAAACAUUCACUUCAGCAGCAGUAGCAUCAUCAAUAACUGAUCUCACAGAUGCAAAGACUGAGGUUUUAAAGUUAUUAGCCAGAGUGUCUCUAAAAAGACAAGAUUUUGCAAAAUUGUUAGUGUGGAUACAAAAAUUAAAGUUGUGUGGCAAGGAAGGACAUGGGAGAUGGGGUGAAGUUUAUGUAAAAGACACAACCUUAGAAUCAUCAUCUACAGAUGUAUACAGAUACAGUAGCUCAGAUAGUGAAGACGACAUAAAGCCAUCAAAAUCUGAUAAGGGGGAUGGAAAACAUGUCAAAAGGGGAGGUGUUGGGAGAGGUAGAGGUGGAGGUGGAAGGAGAGGAGCGAAUCAAAGAAACAGAUCACCACGUUCUGGGGAUAAACGAAACACAACUAGUGUAAGAAACUGGAAAGUAGCAUUGAGGCAGAAAACCCCUCAAAGACGCAGCGAAUCACCAGAACUGGCACAAAAACACAUGGUUCAGAAAAAAAUGAGCGAAACUCCUGAGCAAGUUCAAUACACAUCACUAAUAAAAUCUUCAUCAGUGUCACUAACAGAUAGUAAGAAAGCAUUAAGUUCACCUCCAGCAAGUAGUAAGUCAUUGAAAUUAAACACGUAUGAAUUGAAAGGGAAGACUUUGUGCAAAAAAGAAAUAGAAAAGAAGAAAAGCAUUGUCAAAAAGAAGGAUGCAAUUUCACCUUGUUCUAUACCCAUAGUAGAUGUAAUGUCUGUACUUGAUAAAAAAGAAAUAUCGGUACUUGACAAAAGGAUAAAAGAUAAACACAAACUUCAAGAAUCAAAAUCUCAAUACUCAGGUAGAGGGCAAUCUAGAAGACGUCAUUUAUCUCAUAAGGAGGGGAAAAGUGUGAAAUCUAGAAUAAGUGAUGAAGAUGAUGAGGAUGAGGAUGAACUUAUUCCAUAUAAAAAACAUAGACAAUCAACUGAUCCAGAAGUGCCGAUUCCAGUUUGUUUAUAUCGAGCUGAUGAAAAUGAAAACUUGUCAUCACCCAUUGUUGAAAUUGACAAUGUUGAAAAUGGUGUAUGUGUACCCUAUGAAGACAGGUUUGUGCAAAAGGCAGAGGAGGAGCAAAGACUAUUAACUGAAUCGUUACAGACAGGUUCAAAUGUAAAUAUUAUACCAGGACAUUUGAGUGCUAGUGCUUUAGGCAUACAACUGAACAUGCCAAAAUUUGGUAUGCCACUUGGUGCUUCAAAUAUUCAGUCUGCCAAAGUACCAAUUACUAGUGCUGGAAGACCUCAGUUUAAUGUUGGACAGUUGGGUCCAUUGUUUCCCCCUUCUAAUAUAGCGCAAGGAACCAAUCGUAUGAAAUCUCCACCACCAACCUAUACUAGUAAUAGUAGUGUUCGUUAUAUACCACCGCCUCAGUACAACAGGGUACCAUUGUCAUCUUCAUAUAACUCAAUCACAUCAACAUUGCCACCACAAAAUGCCACACUAAUAAAUACAUUCUCUUCCACUGCCACAUCAGAUUCACUCAGGUUAGAACAGCUUGGACAAAAUCUAGGCUCACCUAGCCCAGCAGCAGAUAUUACAACCAUGAUCAAUGCAAACAGUCCAAACAAUUCACAACUUACAGAUACAAGACCAUAUCCGAAUGUUCAAGAGGCAAUGCCAAUUGAAUCAAAUAUUUCAAAACCUCAUUUAAAUGAACAAACAUCUCAAAAUACUCAAGAAAGAGUCAAAGUAAAAGAAGAAAAUAGUUCAGGAUUUUUAGAAAAAAAUGUAAUUACAACAGGACUUGUUAGUAUUAAUGAUGGCAUUACUAUGAAUUUUUCACGUAAGUCAAUGGUACCAUUAGAUUCCUCUUUUGGACAACACGAGCCUACUUCUUCAACAAACGAUAAUGACAACGAUAAAAAUUCAGUCAAACAGGAACCACCAAUGGAUUAUGUUGUUGUUAAGAAUGAAGAAUCAGUAUUUAUAUCAUUAGAUAGUGAUGAUGAUGAUAAUGAUGAAACUGAGGUGAGGAACAUAUCUAAUAACGCAACGAAAAAUACGACCAAUAUAGAUGAUCAAAAGGAGGCUGAUCCCAUUAUUGUUAUUGACGAUUAGAUUUUUUAUAAACAUUACAUUGACUAUAUUUAUACGUAUAGACAUUUAUAAAAAAUACUGAGGAUUAAAAAAACCCAAUGAUACCAAUUUUUAGGGUUUUAGAAGUUGUUAUUGUUUGAAGAAUAUUUUAAUUGAUAGUUUAAUAAUUUACUGUGAUGCAAUCAAUUAAAAAAAAUGUACAUUUUUUUGGAACUCUAAUUUCAGAUUUUUCUUCUGUUUGUGAUAUAUGUAUACGUAUGAACAUUGAAAUUCUAAAAAAAAAUUGAGGGAUGUGCCAGAAAAGUUAUCUGUUAUCUUUGAAUGUUUUGAAUUUCUAUAGGUGGUUGGGGCUUGAACCUAUUUUAGCAUAAAGGUGUAUGGUCAAAUUUCCAUGGGUGGUUUGGCGUCUGAAAGUGUGUAUAUAAAGACACCAUGAACAUUUUAUCUGGAACAGCCCUUGGGUGAAAAAAUUGUUCACAUUUUUCAUUAUGUCAGAUAUAUUUUUUGAAGGUGGAACACCAGAGUAAUUUCAGUAAAAUUUUUGUUAUACAGUUAAAUACUCUAUAUAUUACAAAUAUAUAUAAUUGCUAAACAUUUAUUCAUAGACAAAAAUUUUAGUGUUGUGGAACAUGCACUUUUGUAUAGAAGUGGUUGGUUAAACCAGGUUUUACGGCAUGCCAAAUCUCCCAUUUGUAUUUGGCUACUCGAUUUCAUGGUUUGAACACAUUUUGUUUACAAGCCUAUAAAACAUUGGUAUUUUGUUGAACACUUAAUUCUUGAUUAACCCACACAAAUUGAAAUUCUCGAAAUUUUGCAUACAAUGAAUAAUAAUGAAUCCACAGUAGUUGUUCACUUAGAAACAAAUUUGAAUGUGUUAAAGUAAGAGGUUUUACCUUUCAGAAUACCAUUUGGGUGAAGAUUGUCCAGUUCCAGUAGAAAUUAAUUGAUUAUAACUGAUCAACUGGUGAACAUUUUCAACUCAUUGUUAAAAAAAAGUUGUAAUUAGAAUACAGCAGGUGCUAUACUAAGAAUAUUAUAACCAUUCAUUUCUCUUUAACUUUCUGUUUCAUUUAUAAAGUAAAACAUCUUGCAUAAGCACAAUAAAAGUGUUAUACAGGUUGUAUAUAUAGUCAAUAGCUAUAGAUUAAGGGGAUAAUAAUUACAUGACAUAUAAGUUUCAUAUGAAUCCGUCAUUUUGAUUGGCUGAGGUUAUAUUUAUUUCUGUAUAAAAUGUCACAUCUAUUACUGCAUGUGCUCUCCAUGACAUGUUAAAAUAAUGCUUAAAAAUAAAACAAAUGAAAGGCUUGACUUAAAUCCCGAUUUCGUGAUUGUAGAAUAAAAAUAUAAUUGUAAUAAUUGAAUGCUUUGUUUUGUCAGUUUUAUAAUAAAAUUACAAAAAGAGGCAUUCAAUUCUUAUUUAAAAAAAACAAAUUGAUGCAAUAAAAGGUAUUUUUCAGCAAAGUCCUUUAAUUUUAAAUUUUAAUUUUUAGUUGAAGAUUUUUAUUUUUGUCAAUAUUAAUGUUAAGAUUGUACUAGUUGCCAGAGGAGUUAUACAUGUACAUGUAUAGAGUUGGUUAGUAAACCUAUAUGCAUAUUUCUUUCUGAGCAUGUUCAAAGAAAACUAUAGGGACAUCUAUAAAUCUUCUUGUGCUUUUGUUGAAUUUUUGUUGAAUACAUCUGUAAAAGUUUAUUUUGUUUGCAAUUAUAUUAUAUGUUACUUUUUUUAUUUCAUUGAAUGAUUUCUUGUCUAAAGGUUCAAAAACUAAUCAUGAUAAUAACAUUAAUUUCUCACAUUAAGACAGCAAGGCAUGUUUGGCUAAAUUUUGUCUUAAUCAUUGCAAUUUAUAAGAUUAUAUAUUGCAAUUUUAAAGCAAUAAUGAAAUUGUAGAAGGAUUAAUAAACAAAUAGAAAUAUUGGAAAUACUUUUCAACUUUGUUUCAUUCCUUUUAAUUGGAUCAGGUCUAAGAAAGAUUUCAGUUGAAGAAAAAAGAAGUACAUGUGUGCCUGUGAUAUCAUUUUAAAGACACUGUGAACUACUAUAGUUUUUUUAUGAUAAAUAGUUAAUUACAACACGUAUUAUAUAUUAUUGUUGCUAGAGUAUUGAUAAAUAUAUGACGAGUGGUGAGUGAUAAAAGGAUCUUGUAUUGAAAUCCUUUGUUAAUUGAUGACCUGAUGGAUAGAAAUGUCAAGAGGACACAUUUCCAGGUGUAACCUUCAAAAUCAAAUGUUCCAAAUCCUUUUUGCAUAUACUGGUACUGUAGAAACAUUAAUUUUUGUGUGUUUUUGUUGGGGUUUUAAUUGUCAUGGAUAUUAUCUUUCCACAAAAUAUAAGAAAUUAAAUCAACAACGAAAAUUUCUGCUUUUACAGUAACAGAAACAAAAUGGCUGUGCUUCUAUUUUGAUAUCAGUGCUUAUUGAUAUUCUGCAUAGUAUUAAGUUGUACAUUGGGAUUUGUUGAAAGAAAAUAUGAUGAAUGUGAUUUAUAGAAUAAGAGGAUAGAUGAUGUUUGCCAUUCCAGGUAAAUGUUUGUUUUUAGACUAUGUUUUAUUCAAUCCAAGAUGGUACGACUU